AUGCCGAUUGCAUUGGAGGGGACGGAAUUUCACCCAACUAUCACACAGCCAAUUGUCAAUGUGGACGCCGGAGAUGCAACAAAUAGCUUCCGAACAGCGCUGGCUGUCGAAGUGCCUUUGAUGGUGUUAGCAAUCAGCACUGUGGUUCUCAGAGUUUAUUCAAGAUUAGCUAUCAAGAAAAGGCUUGCCGCAGAUGAUAUUUUGAUACUGCUAGGCACUGGAGCUGCUUUUGCACGCACUGUCAUAUCAUGUAUGAGUGCAGAGGAUAACUGGGGCUAUGAUAGAAAAGGCCCUGAUCGAACAUCAGAAGUACCAUAUUAUCAGCAGCACAUCUUCGAAAGACGUAUCGCUUACCUCUUCGCUGUUACCUUUACUCGGUUUUCAGUCCUUGCAUACUAUCUGCGCAUCUUCCCGCCUGGGAUGGCAUCGCUCCGAAAAUGUUGUUACAUUCUUCUUGCCAUGGCCCUUGCACUCUUCAUCGAGGUCCUUACCGUACUCAUUGUAUACUGUGAAAACAUCAGCAAGCUUUGGACCGACGACUGGCUCGACUUCACUGGGUCGCAAUGUUUCAGUUCCGCCGUAUAUAGCUACUCCGCAGCCAUCGGUGACAGCAUCAUUGACAGCAUGAUAUUCGCUCUCCCAAUCGUAUAUGUCUGGCAGCUCUCCAAGCUGAAACUCCGCCAGCGCCUCGGUCUCGUCGUGAUAUUCGGCCUCGGCUUCACCGUCUGCGUAGUCGCCCUCCUCCAGAUCCCCUUCAUCAAGCGCAGAGAAAGCAACAUGCAGUAUUUUGGCUCCGCGGUCAACAUUCUUAUCUCCAUCCAAAUCUCCUUCGCCAUAAUUGCCGCCUCACUUCCUGAUCUCCGCGCCCUCAUAGCCCGAAAGUUCCCUCACUUUUCUCCCCUCCACCACCGCAGCUUAGCGACAAACGGCGGUCGCCAACCCAGCGGAGGCUCCGAGAGAGGCAGAAUCGGCGUCUGGGACGCAGAGCAAGGCUCUCCAGCAGAAGGCGCUCCAGCAGAAAAUGCCCACGCAACUCCUGUAGGAAAAAAGAUAUUUAGGAAACCAGACUGGCUGCGCAACAGCAUACCCGCGAGUUUAAUGUCCACCAUGAUUACGCAAAACGAAGUCAUGAGGGUUUCCACCGAGGAACCACCGGUUCCACCUCAGACACCCGAGAAAGUAAAGACACCAAUUUGA